GAGGGAAGGGCAGUAGAAUCGCAGUGGUCUUGGCUCUUGUGUCGGCGAGUUCUGUUACCAAGUGGGGGAUCUGCUGAAAGGGGGGUGCAACACAAGCAGGGAUGAGGUGCCUUGGGGAUGAAUAGUGAUCAAUGGUGCUCUCUCCGAGAAGCCAAGACGCAUUCCCUACUAUUGCUUUGCACUUGGGAAGCCUGCAGCCCAUUCAGCCUUGUUCCACUAGGGGGGUCCUGGAGUUUGGAUUGGGAGUAGCCGCGAACUUCCUGCCCUUAUUACAAUGACUUUGGGUACAGAGAUGUCUGAUAACUCGCUACUCUCGGAAGACACCGACAUCGAUGUGGUCGGGGACAUGGGUGCCAAGGAUGGCAAGUACUCUGACUACCACUCGGACAAUGACUCCGAUGACAACGGACCCAGAACUCACAGGGGAGACCCUGCUUCCCCAGACCUGUCAUCUGGAUCGGAGUCAAACCAGAGAGCAGAGAAGCCCCCCAAGAACGCCCUGGUGAAGCCCCCCUACUCGUACAUCGCGCUGAUCACCAUGGCCAUCCUGCAGAGCCCCAAGAAGAGACUGACCCUCAGCGAGAUCUGCGAGUUCAUCAGCAACCGCUUCCCCUACUACCGGGAGAAGUUCCCCGCCUGGCAGAACUCCAUCCGCCACAAUCUCUCGCUCAAUGACUGCUUCGUGAAGAUCCCCCGGGAGCCCGGCAACCCCGGCAAGGGAAACUACUGGACUCUGGACCCGGAGUCCGCAGACAUGUUUGAUAAUGGCAGCUUCCUGCGAAGGAGAAAGAGGUUCAAAAGGCAGCAAAGUAACGAGAUCCUGAGGGACCCAAGUAGCUUCAUGCCAGCCGCCUUUGGAUAUGGACCUUAUGGCUAUAACUAUGGGCUGCAGCUGCAGAACUACCACCAGCACCACCACACGGGUGCCACCUUCUCCUUCCAGCCCACCCACUGCCCUCUCCCCCCGCCAGCCUCGGUCUUCUCCAGCCCCACUUUGUCCCCUUUCCUGGGCAAUGAACUCACUAGGAAAUCCUUCUACUCUCAGCUUAGUCCCACUUUACCCAUCCUGCAGACUUUAAAACCCGAUGGCCAAAGCAGACCUUCCUUUUCCAUAGACAAUAUCAUUGGGGGAUCCGGAUCCACCCCGAGCCCUACCUCCCCAUACACAGUCCAGCCCGGGAAUCAGCCGCCGGUCAUUGCCAUGUUAAGCCCAUCGCUGGCCCCAAUGCAGAACCAUUUAAACUUGUCCCACGAAAACCUCUUACCAUCUGGACAGAACUUUUCCAGUAAAAUCACAAAUCUUAGCAGCUGUCACUUUUAAAACAAAACAAAAAAAUCAUAUGUCUCAACCUGUGUAUUUAAGGUAGGAAUCAUUGUUUUUUUAUAGAACUUUUGACCUGCAUCCUGCUACCCCAAUCAAAAGAAAUUUAUCUAUUUAUGAAGUGUAAAUUUGUAAUGUUGACGCCACCCUUACCUGAUGCAUUACCGAAUUGCCAAAGCGUUUAACUAUUUCAGCACCAUUCAUAUUUGCAAUGGGAUCAGAGUUUUCUGCAAAUCCCACAGGCGAAUUUACGCGUUUGCCUGAAGCCUUUUAUAAAGAGACAAUUGCACAGCGCAGUCUUAUCGGUUUUCUUACUUUAUCUCCUCACUAGUGUGUUGUUCAGCUCUUAUUGAAACGAUUUCUAUGUUUCUAUGUUAAGCACUGCUACCAAAAUCUCAGGAUUAGAACACUUUAACAUAACAUCAAGUUUGUUGUUUUUGUCACAAGAGGUCUUAAAAAUAUUAAUAAUCCUCUUACCCAAAUGGGGCUUUAAUAUGUCCCAUCUUAUAACAAAUGCCUCUUCUACCCUUUUUUCUACGUGUGUUUUGUGUAUAUGUAAUUAUGUAUAUAAAUAGUGUAUUUCGGAGGGUAAAGAGCAUAGUGACCUCUUAACCACAUCUGCCAGCUGUGCAUUGUUUUGUGUUUAUAUCUCAUGAAAUGGAUGUGUGAAUAAUUCAAUGGUGUAUGUGAAAACAAGCAAUUGUGCACCAUUUGGUGAAAAAUUUUAAAUAAAUAUUUGUGAAUUUUAAAAUUG